CAUGAAGACUCUUCAAGGAGUAUCAUCAUUAAGAAGCUGCAGAACAUUGCUCUGGAUGAAACAACCACAGCAAGGGCUGAAGCUUCUGUGACAGCAGAGGAGUUUGCAACAUCAAAACAGAAAUUGAUCCGGCGAGUUGCGGAGAUGAAAGAGGAACUCAGCAUGGAGUCAAGUCUCAGGUCAAGUCUGGAGGACUCCCAUAACACUCUUCUGGGGAGGAUCCGAGAGAUGGAGUCAAUUGUUGAAUCUGAGAGGACAGAGGUUUACAACUUGACCAGCACGUGCAAGAGUCUGAAGACAGAGGUUAUGAGAUUGUCUGAUGAACUUGGCAAGGAGCAAAAGAUGCGAGGACAGCUUGAUGAGAGAUGUAGCGAGCUCACCCAUCUGCGAGAGAAACUGCAGUACCAGUACGAAACAGCAGAGGCUGAGAGGCAGGUGGCCACAACAGAGCUGAGUCGCUUCCAGAGCCAGUACCAGGAACUUAUCUCCCAGGUGGAGAAGACACAGAUACUCAUUGACCAGAAUAAGAUGAGAAGUCAGGAACUGGAGUGUGACAACCAGAGACUGACCAGCCAACUGGACACCACAUCCAGUGAACUGGAACAUCUCAGGACAUUACACAAGAGAGAGGUGCAGGUGGAGAAGACCCAUGUUGAUGAGCGUCUGGCCCUGGAAGAGGAGGCUGUGAAACUUCGCAGUCGGGCACGAGAAGCUCAAGCUGAAAAUGAAGACAUGAAGAAAAAAAUAGAGAUGCUGCAGAAAGAAAUGAGUUCCACAAAGGACGAGAUGAUGAAGAAGGACGUGGAGUUCUCACAGGCGGCUGAGUGUCUGGAGAGAGAGCUGAACUCCCUCCGGACCCAGCUGCAUGGCAUGCAAGACGAGAAGCAGAACAUCCUCCGGGACAAGGAGAACCUGCUGGAGGAGGUGAACCAGACCGUGGACACGUUGAUGGAGGAGAGGGUGGUCUUACAGACAGACCUGGAGGAGACCAAAGUGGAACUGGACACAUUAUAUGGGACACAAAGACAGCUGGAGAGAGAGAAGGCAGACCUCCUGGAGAGACUGUCUGGAUACGAGCAGCAACAGUUGAGCCACAAGAAAGUCCACUCAACACUGAAGGAGAUGAUGGAGCAAAAGAACAAGCUGGCAUAUGAGAAUGGACGUCUGCAGUCCCAGAUACACCAGUUCAAAGAUGACCUUGACCUUGCCACAAGAGGUCAGCUUGAUGCAGGUCAUCUCAAGAAACUGAAUAAUGCCCUCCAGGAGAAAUACAGCAGUGCCCAGAAGGAGGUGAGUGAGCUGAAGGUGGCCAUCCAGUGUCUGGAGAACCAGCACCGUCUGUCCCACGAGCUGAUCCAGCAGAAGGACCAACAGCUGCAGACGGUCAUCGGCACCCGGGAACAGCUGGAGAAGGACAUGUCCAAACUUGGAGCCCAUGUGCAGGCCAUGGACGAUCGCGAUAAACACAAGGGUGCCAGCUAUCACAAGAACCUUGAAUCUGCCAAGACUGUAAAUCGUGAGAUGGCCAAUACCCUUGAGGCAGUGAUGGCGUCACAUUCUCAGCUACAGACUCUGGUGGAGAACCUACAGGUUGAGCUGGGGAAGAGAGACACGCAGAUCAUGCAGUUCCGCAGUCAGAAGAACAAGGACCAGGAAGAGAUGAGGUUAGAGAUGAAGAACUUUGAAAGCAAGAUGUCCUCCCUGCGUGAGGAGCUGAGGAAGGAGAGGGACAAAUCCUUGAAGAAAAAUUCCAAGGAUCUAGGAGAGAUUAAGAAACAAAAUGAAAGCUUAUCAUCUCGUAACAUGGAACUAGUGAGGACAAAUACAGAACUGCGACAUCGGGUGAAUGAGUCUGAUCAUACACACAAGGAACUUACACAGAAACUGGUGGAUCAGAGACGCAAGACUGAGUACUUGAACAAGGCCAAAAAACAACUGGAGGAAAACCUGGCCAAGAUGAAGUCAGUGAGGCAGGACAUCGACCAUCUGGAGCGUAUUAGAGACGAGUACAUAAAACGUAAUGAGACACAGGGGGAGACAAUUCAGCUGUUCAUGAAUCAGAUAGCCUCCCUUCAGGAGGAGAUUGGGCAGCUUGCCAUGGCACAGGCCAACACCAGUCAGCUUCUGCAGCAGAAAGAGGCUGCACUGGAGAAGGAGAAGCACAUCCGAGAUGACAUCAAGAAGAAGUACCAUGAAACCCGCAAGCGAGAGGAGUCAGUGUCCCGAAGGAAGAAGGAUGCAGAGGUGAGACUGAAGGAUGCUCACUCAGAGAGUCUGGAGAUCUCACAGCAUCUUCAGGAGGCACACGAGUGGUUCAAGACUAAAUUUGACAAACUACAGAUCGAACUGGACAUGUCCAGGAAAACCCAGGCCAAGUUAGAGGAGGCCAACACCAUCCAGAGGGAACAGUUGGAGUCUGAGAGGUACCAUGCCCAGGAGGCAGCAGUGAAGGCUCGGGACAUGAUUAAGGCAAGUCGUGAGACUAUCGGUCGCCUCGCGGACUACGCAGACCAGGCUGAGACGGACACCAAGCAGCAGAUGGCGAAACUGAAGGCCGAAGCCCAGACCGAGAGGGAUGUCAAUAAGUAUGUGGAACUCAGGCACAAGAAAUAUAAAGAAGCCAACGAUAGCUACUUGGACGAGCUGAUGAUGCUGUUAGACUCCACAUCAACAGAAGGAGAUGUCAGCUGGCUGGCCUGACCUGACCUGACCUGAACCUCCAACACAACUGCCUUCACAUUGCAUUGAUGACCUUCACCUUCCAUUGAUGACCUUCACUCUUGGAUGCUCAAAUAUUUGUUAAAGCUGUUUUGGAAACAGUGAAUAUGGCAAGAAAUUUAUCUUUCGCAAUAUGAUCUUGACUUGUAAAAAUGUUUUCUUCAGUCAUCAUGCAAGUGCCAUGGGUAUUAGAGCUUCCAGGAGCUUCAGACAUCUGCUUUAACUGAUUGCAGCCCUGCUUCUCAUUAUUAAGGUAUGUCUCCAGAUGUAAUGAUAUUAGAACAUAGGAACUGUAUGAUAUUGCUUGUAAGGUACUUGCAGUAUUAGUCUUGGCUUUGAGAACAGUUAUUUCCCUUAGGAGUGCCAGGAUCUGCUGACAGUUUCCCAGAUCUAUCCCUGUGAUCUGUGAGCACUCAUCGUCAUGCAUCAUACCAAGAUGGUAAUCUUUGAAUCAGUCCAACUCAUAAACAUCAUAAACCAAAGAUUUUUCAAUCUGCAUUUAAUAUGUACCUUGUUGAAUUUCCAGCUCGGCAGGUAAAUAAGCAAAGUAUUUUGUUGAAGACCUGUCCAUGAUAUGUUUACAUUUUCUUGUGUUUGUUAUGAAUUGUAUAUAUUGUUAGGAGAGAGAGAAGAAAUCCAGCUAUGGACAUGAAUGAUUGUUACAGGGUUGUAUCUGUACUGCAUGCACAAGUCUGCUGUAUGCAGAAUUAUGUAGAGCAAGAAUAGACUCGACAGGGUAUCCAUUGGGGCAGCGAUUAAGUAAUUCUACAGGGUACCCAGACAGUAUUGGUAAGUCCCAUGUUUCAGCCACUGAACAUACAGACUAUUGUUAUUAUUAGGUAUAUGACAAUUUGCAGAUUUGGUGGGUCUCACAAGACAUGUAUACAAAAUCUUAUAAGUAUGUUUGUAAUGACUGAAAAUAUAUGUUCGCUCCAAUGACUGAUUUUAUGGUGCCAAUGCUAAAUAAUCUUUAAGCUGUUUCUCACUGAUCCAAAUGUACUACACACUGCAUUUAAAAAAAAAAAUGAAUCCAAUUGUGCCUAUUUUGAAAUUAAGUUUAAUCUGUACCAACAUAUUCUCCUAUUAUUCCUGAAGAGGGCAUGUUAUAGUGUAUGUAAAAUACUGUGUUGAAAGAAUGUACAAAAGUUCUAAAGUAUUAUUUAACUUGAGUGAAAUUCACUGAUUGUGUUUUAUGG